CAUGAGCUUGAGGGCGGGACUAUACUUCAUUUCUUCAUCCUUGAUUUUUCCUGUACUGUCUGAGGCGUUUCGGAGGGAUUAUUAUUAGGAAGUCGGUGCUUCUCAUUGCUUGCAUUUUCUUUAUUUUGCAACUUCUACACGACCUCAUUGGCAUCAAAAUGUCAGCCAAUAUGACCCCCCCUAUUUAAUCUGGAAAGGGAUGCGAUACAUAAAAAGUGCAAACACAAAAAUGCUCCCCUUUUGCAAACUUAAUCCCUCGUCCGGAGCGUGCUUCAGCGUGACGAGUGCUGCAGCAUGUCGAGCCCAGAACGUGCCUUCACAGACUGGUAGACACAGAGUUUCAAGCCAUGAUCUUCCAGGGUAUGAACCAGGAGAUGAGGAGUCUAUCACAGAUUUUACAAGAAAUGAGCUCUUGGCAUUCAAGACUAGUUUUGCAAGACCAAAGUAUGCCAACACAUACAGAAUGGAACCCUAUAGAAAAUGUGAGGCUCAUGAAGUAAGGAAGAGAGCUGAAGAGGUCUUAAAGAACAAACUUCAAGAUUUUAAGUAUAAUGGUACGAAUGGCUCCAUGAUAUGUGCAGGCCUCACAGAAGAUGUAUUAGCAGCUGUCAAGGAUCUGGCCUAUGAUCGUUACAAAUAUAUAGUCCAAGUAUUUCUUGUGGAAAAGACUGGUCAGUCAAUACAUAUUACCAGCAGAUGGGUCUGGGAUGUUGCAAGGGACACCUGGGUUCAAGCGCAACAUGAAACUGAGGAAUCUGUUAUAGUGGCUCUGAUAGUUGCUUGUUAUUAUGAGUAACAUCUUGCAAACAACCAUUCUAAUAACAGGAGACACUUGUGAGUCUCCACAGUGAUAUACCCUAUUUGCUCAAAUAAAUGUCUUCAGUUAUUUUUUCCAA